AUGUCUGCUAAGUGGUGGAUGCAGCAUAUACUAGUUCGAAACUUGAAGCAGAUAGUUCUCCUGAAUUGUACGACAGGCGACUCCCUGUACGAGACGUUGGGCAUUCAGAAAGAUGCCACUACAGAACAAAUAAAGAAAACAUACAGGAAGUUGGCACUCAAAUAUCACCCGGAUAAAAAUCCAGAUAAUCCUGAAGCUGCGGAAAAGUUCAAAGAGGUUAACCAUGCCCAUGGCAUUCUCAGUGACCCUACCAAGAGGAAUAUAUAUGAUAAUUAUGGUUCACUUGGGCUGUAUAUAGCUGAGCAGUUUGGAGAAGAAAAUGUUAAUACAUACUUCCUUGUAAACUCAGGAUGGUGUAAGGCGCUGUUCCUCUUCUGCGGGUUAAUCACAGGCUGCUAUCUAUGUUGUUGCUUCUGUUGCUGUUGCAACUUCUGCUGUGGAAAAUGCAAACCUCGGCCCCCAGAUGAAACGGGAGACUAUCAUAACCUUAAUACGGAUGCAGAGGACUUGGAGGACCUAAGUGAUGAUGAGUUGGAGAAUGGAGGCAAAGCCAUGGGGGAUCACAGUCAACCAGUCACUUCCCAGCCUCCCUCAUCUACUAAUCCCUUCAGGAAACCAGAGAUUUCUGAGGAAAAGAAAGAUUCCCCAUCUACUACUAACCCCUUCAGGAAGCAAGAGAUGUUCAACCAGAAUAAAGGCAAUUCAUCUUCUACCAACCCCUUCAGGACUCCUGGUGGACCUGGUGAUAGUGCUGGGGGUCAACCUGUUUUUGCCAUGCCCCCUCCCCAACCCACGUCCACUAAUCCAACCAAUCCCUUUGCUGUGGGUGGAGCGGCCAAUGAAAGCACUUCUCUAAAUACCAGCAACCAGCCUACCUAUACACCAGGAAUGUCACAGAAUGCAUCUCCUAGUCAUACUCACUACUAACAGGGAACCUUCAGCUUCAGCAGGGUAAAGUGCAAGCUGGCAGAGGCUCUCAAUCUUUUAAGGUGUCAUACUCUCUUUAAGAUCCUUCCAGCUCUUGUAUAGGAAGGUUAAAGUUAAUGUUGAUGGUGUUACAUCUUUAUUGGAAGAUUGAUUUUAUUUACAAUGUCUGAAGAUCUCAAGAUUAGAGUUGAAUUAGAAAAGAUCAACAUUAAUUAAUUUACAUAAAUUAUGCUUCUUAUUUUUUUUUUUUUUAUUGUAGUAAAAUCUUGCUGUUUAGCACAUUGUGCACCGUAAGGUGUGUGAUUAUUGUUAUGGUAGAUUACAUGGGGAUUUCCAUUGUUUCAUAGGUGCAGUGAAGAGAAAAGUAUGAAUAUAUUGACCUCUAUUCCUUCCAUAAACUUGCUCUUAAAUGGUCUUGACAGUGCUGCUCUGGCAACUCUCAUUUCUUUUACCUCCUUACAGAGAUUCUCCAGUACCUAUUAGUGUGGCCCUAUAGGUAUUUGUUAUACGCUCUUAAUGGCAUUUAGUUUUAGGAAUUGUACUAUACUCACUCACUAUCCACAGGUUGUGCACUCUAAUACCUGUGGCUACUUUCUCAUAUCCAGGAGUAUUUCAAGGUAUUAUGGUAUCAGGAAGCCAGGCACCUGAAGUCAUUAGGUCAGGGUGAGCUUUAUGCCAUUUCCUGUGCGACUGGCCCACGUUGUGCAACUUUUCUUAGGACCUGCAAAUCACAUGUUAAAACUUGUAUUAUGGCUUCUUGACUAUUAUGCCUGAGUACAGAGACCAUGGGAAGCCCAAAUUGCAUCCUUGUUUUUCCCAGUCAGAUAGUGGUGUGGUAUCUUCAGGUUUAUGAUCUGCAAGUCUUAUGGAUUGUGAGAGAGUACAUUGCUCUAUUCCUCUGAAAAAUAAUAAAAAAAAAAGUUGCAAUACAGUGAGGACUGGAAUGCUUCACCAAAAACUCUCACUUAGAAGAGGAACCUCAAAGGAACCUUAAGGUUCCUCUUUAGUGUGGAUUUAUGGUAAACACACUUCCUCUGAGCUAAUGUUAAUACAUCAAACUAGGGGUCAUAUGUUUUGCUAAAGACACUAAUAUGUGUUUACAUUAUCUACCUGUAUAAUUUAUUCACUUGUGCUAAAUAGCAAGUCAUUAAUUGUAUUUUUUGUUAAUUAAGCUGUAGUCAGUGUGAUAGUUUUAUUUAUAUAUGAUAUUUUUUUAGGGUUUCCAUAAAAGUUUUAAGAUUUUAAAUUAAAGUGUCAGUGAAGAAAAAGAUAUUUUACCAACAUUCCACAAGUGUUGGUGCUGUCAUGUGGUGUCAGUGCCUGUAAACACAACUUUCAAUCAACCUUUGGUAUUCAGUUUGCUAAGGUAAUUUUAUUAUUAUAUAUUUACCAAGUUGCACGUAAGAACAGAUAGCAUCAGGGGUGCACUUGUAUUUCAUAUUAUAAGGAAAAUCUUGCAUUUUUCCAGUUCUUUUAAAAAUGGAAAGACUAAUAUACAGAGUUUUGCAUUAUUCGUAGUGUAUUUUACUUAGUAUAUAUUAGUAGCAUACUUAAUUCAAAUUGAAGUGCCAAUUUAUUUUCCAUUUUAUUUUUUUAUAUUGAGAAUUCUUUCUUGCAUUUGAUAUACUGUACUAACAUUCAUUAAAAUAUUAAUGUUGUAUGUAUGCUAUUUUUUCUGGUACUAUUUAUUCAUACAAAGAUUUGCACGAGUGCCUGAGGUUGCAUCAGCUCCUGUUAGCAGCUGUGAUUUAAUUGCAGACUGUUAGGUUAUUUUCUUAUCCGUUGUAUUAAGCAGUGAUAUAUUUUUACUUUUAUUUUUUAUGGAAGUUUGGAUCGUGUGGAGAUGGUUGUAUAUUAGCUUUUUAUUAACUUAUAUUCAGGUAUUGUAAAUGUUGAGGACUAUUAAUAAGGAGUCUGUUUUAAAGAUGAAUAAGUAAGGCAUUUUCUUGCAUUUUUAUUUAAAAAAUGCAGUGAUAUUUAUAUUCAAGAUUAUGAAAUGGCAUCAGAAUGCCCGAAGGUUGAAAGUUAAUGCAAAAACAAAAUUGACAUAAAAAUAUGGCUUGUAUACACAAAAUACUCUAAUUUUCUGUCAUUAUUUUAAAUAAUUAACAUUUUUGCCUAAGCUGAUGUUACUUAAUUUGUGUUUGUUUUGUACAUGAUCUAUAUGUUCAUAUACAAAAUAUUGGUACAUUGUGAAGAUGUCCAUCUUAAUUGGUUAGGUGGAAGAUAAAGGAUUUUGGUGUUAGUGAACAUAAUGCCCAUGUUGGCAUACUCAACUCUGUAAUAAGUUAAAUUGUCUACUGAUUAGUAGAUCCUAAUCUAUUGCAACUUUCUCAUUAGAUAUACAUUGUAUGUACAUCUAGAGAUGAGAUACUUGGCUGCUAGAAAAAUCCCAUAUA